AUGAACAUUCCCAGGGAAGCCAGUGCUCUGGAACUGGUGGAGUUUUUCAAAGACCCUGGGUUGGUGUCGCAUGGUGCAAUUGAUAUAGCCUUAGAUGGUUGCAAGGUGGAUGAUCUUGCCGGGCUGCACACGGCUUCUGUAGACCUAAUGGCCAAGAUAGACACCCAUCUACAAGAUGUGAUGGCCCAGCUGGAAAAGUCGCUCAAUGAUCUAAAAAAGUCGGAGAAGCGCAUAAAAUUUCAAACUGAUAUGCUAAAAAGUGAUCUAGAUUUGUUUAACAGCGAGCAAACUAGGGUACUUGCGGAAGUGUCCAGCCGAGUGUCUCCCGCCCUGAAAAGUGAUGCGUUGAAAAAGCUUUCUGAGCUCAGUUUGGUCAAAAAACGAAUGCAGGAAGUUGCCGAGUGUCUUGCGAAGGCACAGGAGCUCGAUGAAACCCAAGUAGACUUCAAAUUGAGCCGGUUGAUCCAGGAGAAGAAAUGGCAAGAAGCAGACAAGCUUGUUCAAGAAAUGGAAGAGGUGGUACAAGUAUGGCAAGGCACAAACGAGGAAUCAGCUCGUAAAGAGUUUGCUAUCUCACUACGCAAGGCUCUUUCGGACGCAAGCAUCGGAAACAACGAACUAGCAUAA